ACAGAGCACCAUUUAGUUAUCAAACCACAAUGCAGCGAACCGUGUAACCUAAAUUAGUUCACAGAAUUCUUAUCCUGCAUUAGUUUCUUAUCUCAUAGACUUACUUGCCGGGGAUGGCUUUCACAUGAAACAAAUAUUUUAAUUACAGUUAUAAAAACUAUAUAAGGAUGCUUGUACAAAAGAGUCCUACUGAGAAUUUCCCUCAAAUCGUGUAAAGUUGUGAUAUUGUAAGAGAAGGGCAGAGUUAUCACUGAAGGGGCAACAUGGCUCAUGAUCUCACAGAAAAAGACAUCUUAAAAAUGGAAGUUGAACAGCUUCGAAAGGAAGUGAAAAAUGAACGACAAAUGAUUUCCAAAACAGCUAAAGAUAUCAAGGAAUAUGUAGAAAGCCAGUCAGCCGAAGACCCACUUCUGAAAGGGAUCCCAGAGGACAAAAACCCUUUCAAGGAGAAGGGUGGUUGCAUACUCUGCUGAUAACUGGAUCUGUACUUCCACUUUUCAUGCAGAUAAAACUAACGACUAUUGUACCCCAGCGAAUACUAAUAGAAAAUAGAGACACAGUAGAAUGCAGAAUGUCCAACAAGUUCCCUAAACUGAAAAAGCUGAGAGCAGGAUGCAGCUGUUUUAAAGAUAAUUUGGUUUGGAUAAAAAUGUGUUGCAUUCAUUAGGUACAGCACAUUGUCCUGUUAGUCUAAUUACAACUAAUUUUUCUAUAUCUUCACUGAGCUAAUAUGUUUUUAAAAAGUGUUGCAUAUAUAAAAAAAAUGACUGUACUCAAUUGAAGCUUUGUGAAUACUGUUGUACAUGGUUCAGGCAAAAGCAUAAGUGACUGUACUUCCGUACAUGACAUGGAAACUGUAGACAAGACAAAAACAUCCUCAUGGUUUGUUAAACAGUAAAAAUGCAAAUUCAAGAUAGGUAAUAACUAAGCCACAAACACACUGAUGAUAUUUCACAGUAACAGGGGUUGGGAGGGUGGCUUAAUGGCUACGGUGUUUGACUUACAAACACAAGGUACAGUGUCUGAGUCUCACAAUGGAUAAUUGGCUAGGCUUAAAUUGGCUUGAAAGGGCAGUUAGCUUAGUACUAAACUAUGAACAGGAGUAAACUAUGAACAUUAGUAGAAUAAGCUGCUGUGUAAUAGCAAUAAGGUAAUAUGGGGCCCUGUAUUGUUCUGUAACAACUCUUGACUUCACUGUAAUCCAUAUCACCUUGUGCUCAAACUAAUUACAGGCAGAUCAUGAGCAGCCAUGGGGGUGACAAGAGCAGUUAGUGAUUAAGAGGUCCAACAUUUAACUUAACAAGCAAGAAAAGUAUGUACCCUGGCUUGGAAUUCAUAUUCAUUGCCUCUGUACAAAUAAGAAUGCAUUUUAAGAGAAACCAGAAAGACGUAACUUAAAUAUAUUCUGAAACAUUGCAAUAUAAGCUGUUUUAAAUUUUAGGCAGACAUUUGCACAGAUAUCUUCUAGCCAUGCCAGAAUCUGCAUUACACAAUAAGGCACACAGACAUUCAACCAUGUGAUAUCACUUUCUUUUCUCUGCACAUGUACAGCACUAAAGGCUGGGGAUAAGAAUCUAAGGAAGGAAUUGGAAAGGCUGGCCAAGGGAGCAGCUGAGGUUCAGUGCUGACAAAUGCAUUUUGGCAUGGCAAUACUGGUGUGAAGCAUUAAUGGAAGGGGGAGACUGAUUGCAGCAGAGCAAAAAGGGAUGCAUGAGCACUAAUCACAGCUGGACUGGAUCACCAGGAGCAGAGUGACAGGACAGUGACAUAAUAUAAAGAGAUGAUGGGAUGUAUCCUCAGGGGUAUAGACUUCAGAAGCAAAGAGGCAAUGCUUCUACUCUUCUAGGUCAUGUCAUCUCUCAUCCACAGUUGUCCCUCUCUUCAAUGCUGAUAGUAAAUGCUG